AUGUCAGAAGAAAUAGUAAGCGAAUCACAGUUUUCCUUGAAGACCACAGCACUAAGAGCGUUUGAUCGCCCUCUGUCUUGGUACUAUUCUCUUUCUCAGAUCAGGUUUUCACCGGUCGCUAAAAAGUUGAUUGUGGUAACUGCAGUGACUGCUGUAUCUGUAAUUUUUCUGGCCCAUCACUUUAAAAGAAGACGAGGGAAGAAGAAAGGAAAAAUAUUGCCAUGGGAACCAGAGCACCUAAUUCUUGAAUACACUAAAAGAGCAGCAUCAGAAAAAGGUUCAAGUUGUUCCAGUAGCAGACAGAACUUGACAUUAUCUUUAAGUUCUCUCAAAGACAAAGGAUCUCAGUCUUGUAACUAUGCUAAUGGAGGACUUUUCAGUAAAUACUCAGGUUCUGCACAGAGUUUGGCCUCUGUCCAGAGUGUCAAUUCUUGUCAUAGUUGUGCUUGUGGCAAUUCUAAUUCCUGGGACAAAACAGAUGAAGAUGAUAUUAAACUUGUUAACAUUCCCGUGACUACGCCUGAGAACUUAUACUUGAUGGGUAUGGAAUUGUUUGAAGAGGCAUUGCGUCGAUGGGAACAAGCUCUAACCUUUCGAAAUAGGCAGGCUGAAGAUGAAGCCUGUAGCUCCAUUAAAUUGGGUGCAGGAGAUGCCAUUGCUGAAGAAAGUGUAGAUGAUAUCAUUAGCUCUGAGUUUAUCCAUAAGCUUGAAUCUCUGCUGCAAAGAGCAUAUCGUCUUCAAGAGGAGUUUGAAGCGACGCUGGGGGCAUCAGAUCCUAAUUCUCUUGCUAAUGAUUUUGAUAAAGAUACAGAUAUUACUGUGAGGGGCAAUGUGGACGACUAUGGCCUUCGAGACACCUUGAGCGUUGCUUCAACCGAUUCCUUUGCUUCAGCAGCAGAGCUUGCAGAACACAGAGAAGUCCGACAUUCUUAUAGUCUGGAGUCUCUUUGCCACUGCCCUUUUUAUGAAGAAGCCAUGCAUUUAGUUGAAGAAGGAAAAAUUUACUCAAGAGUGCUGAGAACUGAAAUGCUGGAGUGCCUAGGAGACAGUGAUUUUCUUGCCAAACUUCACUGCAUACGACAGGCUUUUCAGGUUAUUCUUUCAGAAACAGCCAAUAGGAUAUUCCUUGCUGAGAGUGGGAGGAAAAUUUUAUCAGCGUUAAUUGUGAAAGCACGAAAGAAUCCAAAGAAGUUUGAAGAUGUUUUUGAUGAAAUGAUCUAUUUUUUAGAACAGACUGAUCACUGGGAUAGUACUGAAAUGGAACUUGCUGCUAAAGGAGUCAAAAAUCUAAAUUUUUAUGAUGUUGUUCUGGAUUUUAUAUUAAUGGAUUCCUUUGAAGAUUUAGAAAACCCACCCACGUCCAUACAGAAUGUAGUAAAUAAUCGCUGGCUAAACUCAUCCUUCAAAGAAACUGCUGUGGCUUCAAGUUGUUGGUCGGUGCUGAAACAGAAAAGGCAACAGAUGAAGAUCCCUGAUGGAUUUUUUGCUCAUUUUUAUGCCAUUUGUGAGCACAUCAGUCCUGUCCUAGCCUGGGGCUUUUUGGGCCCUAGAAAUUCUCUCUAUGAUUUAUGUUGCUUCUUUAAGAAUCAGGUUCUUUUCUUCCUCAAAGACAUUUUUGACUUCGAGAAAGUACGCUAUUCCAGCACCGAGACCUUGGCCGCAGACCUCUUGCAGUUACUCAUGCGCCGCACCGAGCUCCUGAUGGCCUACGUCGGAGCCGAGGCGCUGCGGCACACAGGCAGCUGUGUCAGCACUCACGGUCAGGUUAUGUCCUCUGGCCUGGUCGAAGCCAAAGUUCAAUAA